CACCUGGAAAGCCAGCUAACUUAGCUAGAUUCCUAUCCCACUCAACAACAAUAUCUUAGAAAGCUAACGUUAGUAAGGAGGUGUCUAUCUACUAUAGAAGGCGGUACAUUUAGCGUUUCAACAAUUAACACGACAGACAGAGUCACAUAGACUAAUGACUUAACAAAGUGUAACUUUUUCGUUCGCAAACUACAUUUAGCUAUUUCAAAAAUAUUUGCUAGUUAUAGUUGCUGAUUGUCGUCGCGCGAGAGUCGAGAAAUGAGAAGGCGGGGCGUAACUGAGGGCUACUACGGAAUGAAUCGAGUGUCAGCUGAUGGAGGUUAGGUUGACGCUCGUCCAUUGAGAAAAGAAAACGACUGUUUUAGAUUAGUGUAUCGAAAUUAUAUAUUUUGGUAGAAAAUAUCAACUAGAAGAAUGCCAUCUCUUUUAUUCUGCGGUCCGAAAAUGGCCGCCUGUGGAAUAGUGAUCAGCAUAUGGGGAGUCAUCAUGUUGGUGAUGUUGGGGAUCUUCUUCAGUGCAAAGUCUGCUGUGCUGAUUGAGGAUGUGCCCUUCACUGAGGAGGACAUCCGCAAUGAUAAGAACCCACCGGGAACCAUCUAUGGACUCUAUAACCAGGUGGGCAUCAACUGCUUCAUUGCAGCAGCCAUCUAUGUUGCAGUGGGGGCGGUGUCACUCUGCCAGGUCAGACUCAACAAGAGGCAGGAGUACAUGGUGACAUAAGUUCCCCUGAAGCAUCAGAAGAUUAUAAACACACUAAUUUAAGUUCUCAAGGGAAGCAACCUUAUAAAAAGCUAUUUGUAUAGUAAAACAUUGAACAUAAGUCCUUUCUGUUAUGCUAUUGAUUGAAAUGUUAUCAUUCUUUGUAUUUGCAUACAACUAUUUAUUGAAUUGACCUAAACUGUAACCCAUCAAUGCUAACUGACAAUAUUGAUAAUGAUCAAUAAAAAUGUAAGUCUUGUUCCCCUCAUGGACCAAACAUUACAUUUAUGCUAGAUAACUCACCACAAAUUCCUAGAUGCAACUCAACAGACCACUACAGUUACAGAAAUAUGUAAUUAUCAGCCUGAAUUGACAGCAAAUUGAUAGAUGGUCAGUGUCUGUCAGGCAAAUCAAGAGAUAUGUAAAAAAUGGCUAAAUACAUUUUGUGUUUAUUUAUGUGCUGUUGUGAAUUGUAUGCUGUAAAAUAUAGGGUCUGGGAACAGUCCAUAUCGCGGAAGAUUCACGUUAAAAUGUGAAGGCAAUUUCCGAUUGAGCCGACAUGCAGCAUCAGAGAUACUUUUGAGUAGAUGGGAAACUCCAUUUGAAUCGUAUUAAUGGCCAUUGUAUACGUUGCCCAUGCGUCGUCAAUGGGCUGUGCAGUGCAUUCUAUGCAAUUUUGGCACAAUAGGCCCUAUUCUCUAAGAUGUGAAUGGGAGUCAAUUGGGUGCUAGCUCAUCCCAAAAUUUGCAUAAAUGUUGUGAACAAGAAGUACAACAUUACACAUCUUUCAGAGAUGUGAGAUAAUUAACUGGUUCGAAUCCAGGCUGUAUCACAGCCGGCAAUGAUUGGGAGUACCAUAGCUGGGCACAAUUGGCCCAGCGUCGUCCGUCAUUGUAUAUGAGAAUUUGUUCUUAACUAGUUAAAUAAAAUAAAAUUACAUUCUCUGUAAUAUCUUAUAGCUUUGGAAUCGUGCCAUUACAUACUUUCUAGGAAAAAAGGCCAGUUUCUCAACUCAUGCCGCAUUCAAAACAACUGGGAACUCAGAAAUCUCAGACUUCAAGACAACUGGGAACUAGGGGAAAAAAUAAGCUCCGACAGUGAAAAAUGCUUUUGAUUGGUCAUCCAUUCCAAGUCGGAAACACAGGCAUCUUUCUUGAUCGCCGAAUUUCCGACCUGAAAAUCACUGAUGUCGUGAUUUGACCGAGUUCCCAGUUGUCUUGAAAGCACCUACAUACCCUGACUUUGAGAAGGGAUUGCGUGACCAUUAGUUUAGCAACCGCUGGCUGUAUCGUUUCUCAAUUCAUUGCCCAAUGGGAUUCCUAUCUCCUCCUGUCUCUAAUAUCUCAGGCAGCUGUGAAUAGUCUCCGCGAACAGUCCUUGCUUGCUGGGAUCCUUGGGACGUCACCCCAUUGAAGUUAACAUUUUAAAUGGUUAGGGUUUAGGUUAGGGACGUCCCAAACAUUUCAAUCGAGCUAUAACGUGGAACUGCCGCAAUACGGAUUGACUCCAGCCCUAACUAAUAGUUCUUGUAUUAGUUAAAUCUGCUAUAGUAAUUCCUCAGAAAAGGAUGGUGUAUAAAAUGUUCAAAUUAAAUAUGCAUUUAUUUAAUGUGUUUAUUGUAUUUUCCCCGGCCUCGCUAUUCUCCGGAGUGUAAUGAUGUGAAAGGUAUAAAUGGUACUUUAUGUGAAGGACUUCACUCUCUUGUCGAUGUUCCCUGGAAUAAACUGGAAGUAUAAAUUACA